AUGUCCAUCGCACGUAGCGACUUCCACUUUUCUCGAGUUUACAGAGGCGACAGUUUCGCUGUGUCCCUCGCUCGACACGAACAUUACUUGUUCAUGAGAUUAGAGUUGAAGCCAGGAAUGCGGGCGUUGGAGAUAGGAUGCCAAUCCGGUGACGCCGCGUUUGAAUUGGCGCAGUUCUCAAAUGUAACGGUUGUGGGGGUGGACUCCGACCCCGAAAAGAUAUCCCGAGCAAUUGCUGUUUCACAGACAGCACAAGCCGACGGUGUUUCUUUUGCUUGCGAUUACGGUUCACUAUCUUCGCACUUCGCUCCCGCGUCUUUCGAUGCCAUUUACUCGAUUGAAGGACUCAGAACUGUUCCAAAGAUCCAUGAAACCAUGAAAAGCAUUUCGCUUUUGUUGAAGCCCGGCGGAAAGCUGGCGAUCUAUGACUGGUGCUGGACCCCGUCAUUGGAUAUUAACAGCCAGGAUCACCGGCGAUUAGCACAUAUCAUCGAGGAGCAAGCAGGUGUCGGACACCGAGAAAUACAAGAAAGAACGAUUGCUGGCACCAUUGAUGCUAUGGUCAGUGCAAAUAUGACCGUCCUCGAGUGCGGGGAUCUGGCGGCAGCAGAGUCCGCACGGAAUUCGAAUUGGUAUGAGCCGCUUGAGAUCGCGUUGGGCAGCUCGACGGGUCCCGUCUCGAAAGGGAUUAGUCGCGAAUGCGCCACCACUCUCAUCUAUGCAGGAAAGCACAAGCUAUUUACACCGCUGGCCUUUUUUGUCUGCCAAAAGCCCACACGGGUCCAAAACUAA